CUUUGCAUCUGCUGCUUCAUCUCUUCCCUCGAUACCAUCAUCCUCUCCUCGACCCUGCCCGCCAUUGCAGCAAGCUUGCAAGCUACCACGACGGAUGCAUAUUGGUGCAGCGCAAGUUUCUUAUUCGCCCAGAGCGUUGUCCAGUUAAUCUAUGCUGUCGUUGCUCGUGCGCUGAACCGUCGAACAUGCAUGCUCGCUGCGUUGGCAUUCUUUGGCUUUGCUACUAUUUUGUGUGCGACGGCUCGUAAUAUACGAUGGCUGAUUGCGGCGAGAACCAUUCAAGGUGUUGGCACGGGCGGAAUCAAUGCGCUCGUUCAGCUUAUCUUGACGGAUAUCGCUCCCCUGGCUGAAAGGCCCAAGUACACAGGUAUCAUCACCCUCUUCUCGGCCCUGGGCUUGGUAUCUGGAGGUCUCUGCGGUGCCGCCACUGUACAACACACGACAUGGCCAUUAAUCUUCUGGAUCAACCUGCCAUUAUGUGUUCCCGUCCUCGUUGGGUUUGCCUGGUGUCUUGAUGCUCCGCCACGGGAACGGUCCGUCUGGACAGCCAUCAAGAAGACGGACUGGGGCGGUGGUAUCAUCGUGACCGGAUCUUUGGCGGGAAUUCUUUUUGCUCUCAACAGCGGAAAUGCCGUAUAUCCCUGGACGUCCGGGAGGAUCUUAUCUCCCUUGAUCUGCGGGUGUGUUGGUCUUGUUGUAUUCGUGAUAUACGAGAGGUUCGUUGCCAAAGAAGGUGCCAUUCUUCCCGGGAGGCUCUUCUCCAACGUCACGGCGGUGUCUGCUUAUCUCAUGGGGCUUCUCCAUUCGAUCAUUCUCUGGACUGCAACAUACUACUUCUUUCUAUACCUUACGUUUUGCUCUCAUUCGUACUUGCGUGCCGCGAUUCUGAUGCUUCCUGCUACCCUCACGUUCCCGCCGGCUGCUGCCAUCGCCGGACACGUCAUUGGACGUACACUCAAAUAUCAACUGGCCAACGUAAUUGGCUUCGCUUUCCUCGCGGGAGGCCUCAGUGGUCUGGCCACUCUUGAUGAGUCUUCCGCUGUUGGUCUCCAAGUAGGCCUCUUGCUCAUCAUGGGAACUGGAUUCGGCAUUCCCUUUAUCAGCAAAGUCUUCAUGGCCCAAACUGCCGUCGCAGAAGAUGAUCAGUACAUGGCUACGGCCAUCGUGGCGACAGUGACGAGGAUUGGAGAGUGCUUUGGAGUGGCCAUUUCAAGCACCACGUUUCAGAACAAAUGGGACACUCUCCUCAACAAAGAACUGACACACAGUAAUCUGACCGUGGUGAUCAAGGGAAGCGAUGCGGAACGAAGUGCUGCUCUAAUUGCGACGCUUGACAAAGCGACGCAAGGCUUCUAUCAGCAUAUUGCCAUGAAGAGUUUUCAGACAGUUUGGAUCGUGAUGGUGUCUUUAGCGGGAACUGCUCUCAUCUUGUCUCUCAUC